AUGUCAAACGGUUUGAAUCAAGUUUUUCAAAACUGUCGAGAACAAAAACGACCAGCUUUUAUCGCUUUUAUAACAGCUGGAUAUCCAGACCCGGAAGAAACCGUUGAUUUGUUACUGGGACUUGAGGCUGGCGGUGCAGAUAUCAUUGAAUUGGGUAUCCCGUUCACUGAUCCUUUGGCUGAUGGUCCUACAAUUCAAGAAGCCAACAAUGUAAUUGAUUCAACGAAAAAGUUCACUGUAGCGCUUCAACAUGAUAUAGACAUUACAAAAUGUUUGUCGUAUGUAUCCGAAGCAAAAGCUAAAGGACUCAAAGUUCCUAUAGUGUUCAUGGGAUAUUAUAAUCCAAUUCUUGCUUAUGGCGAGCAAAAAAUAGUCGAUGAAUGUAAAAAAGUUGGCGUUAAUGGAUAUAUUGUAGUUGAUUUGCCUCCAGAAGAAUGUGAAAAGUUUAGGACCAUUUGUAAUGAAAAAAGUCUUAGUUAUAUCCCUCUAAUCGCUCCUUCGACUUCCGAAGCGCGUAUACGUCACCUUGCACAUGUUGCCGAUACUUUUAUCUACGUGGUAUCAAGAAUGGGAGUAACGGGUUCAAGAGAUACUAUCAAUGCGGAAUUACCAGAAAUAAUUUCGAAAAUUCGAAAACAUACAGAAUUACCUCUUGCUGUUGGGUUUGGUGUUACCACGAGAGAACACUUUAAAACUGUCGGUUCAUACGUUGAUGGUGUUGUAAUUGGUAGUAAGAUCGUCAAUGUCUUGAAAUCAGCACCCAAAGGUAAAAGAAUCGAGGCCAUAAAAUCAUACGCGUUGGAAGUUUGUGGUAGAGCGGCUGAAGACGUCAAGGAAGAAAAUGCUAAAGAGGUCAAAUUAUAUAGUACUCAAGAUAAUGGUCGAAGUAUCGAGUGUAAGGAUUCUUCAAAUAAUACACUGGAUGCUCGAUUUGGUGAUUUUGGGGGUCAAUACGUCCCUGAAGCUUUGGUUUUUACAGAAGCAAAAGAUGAUCCGGAAUUUUGGAAAGAAUUUCGAUCAUUUUAUGAUUAUAUGGGUAGAGAAUCACAAUUACAAUUCGCGGAUAGAUUAACAGAAAACUCUGGAGGUGCAAGAAUUUGGUUAAAAAGGGAAGAUUUAAAUCAUACAGGAUCACACAAGAUUAAUAACGCAAUAGGACAAGCAUUAUUAGCAAAGCGUAUUGGUAAAAAAAGGAUUAUUGCAGAAACCGGAGCUGGACAACACGGCGUAGCCACCGCUACCGUUUGUGCUAAAUUCGGGUUAGAAUGUGUUAUUUACAUGGGAGCCGAAGACGUUAGAAGACAAGCCUUAAACGUUUUUAGAAUGAAAUUAUUAGGGGCUAAAGUUAUUUCGGUGGAAUCAGGAAGCAAAACCUUAAAAGAUGCCAUUAAUGAAGCCAUGAGAGAUUGGGUAACUACUGUUCAGUAUACGCAUUAUUUGGUUGGUUCGGCGAUUGGACCUCAUCCAUUCCCAACUAUGGUGAGAGAAUUCCAAUCUGUGAUUGGAAGGGAAUCAAGGGAACAAAUGAUAAAAAAAGCGGGUAAAUUACCUGAUGUGGUUGUUGCUUGUGUUGGUGGUGGAAGUAAUGCUAUUGGAUUAUUUCAUCCGUUUAUCGAGGAUGAAAGCGUAAAAUUUGUAGGAGUUGAAGCUGGUGGUGAUGGGACGGAUACCGAAUUUCAUUCGGCAACCUUAUCGGUAGGUACACCGGGAGUGUUUCAUGGAACGCGCACUUAUUUAUUACAAGAUAAGAAAGGACAAAUCAAAGCUACACAUAGCAUUAGCGCGGGAUUAGAUUAUCCUGGUGUAGGACCUGAACAUGCGUGGCUCAAAGAUACGGGUCGCGCAAGUUAUGUUGCUGUUACAAAUAAAGAUGCUUUAAUUGGAUUUAGGAAAAUGUCCGAGUUGGAAGGAAUUAUUCCAGCUCUUGAAACGAGCCAUGCUAUUUAUUAUGUUCUAAAGCUUGCUUCUACGAUGAACAAAGACCAAGAUAUUCUAUUGUGUCUAAGUGGACGAGGUGAUAAAGAUGUUGUGUCUGUAGCCGAAGCUUUACCUAAAUAUGGUCCUCAAAUUGGUUGGGAUCUCAGAUUUGAAUCUUAA